GUGGCGGUGCGGUCCGGGGGGCUGGUCAGCAGUGUGUGUGUGUGUGUAUGCACUCUCAACGGAGCUGCAGAGGCAGGACUAUGCCACCAAGCCACUGUUAUUAUGAGCCCACCGAUGACACCAGAGUGUGACAUGAGGGAGAUGCUGACUGGCUGAAGGGAUGAAUGAACACAUGAAUGAGUGACUACCUGCUCCAGGCUGCUGAAAUUUUAACCACUGGGUUCUGGGCACUUUAUGCUGCUCGGGGAGAGGACCAGCACUGGGACGUAGUCAGGCUGUGGCUCUGUGGGACAGCCUGCCGUUGUGCUCUGAGUCCGGAGUGCACUGUCAGAUGGAGGUCACUGAUCUGGAUCUGGAUCCGGACCCCCGGGCGGAGAGGUCUGAAGGAGAGGGUCCGUGCGUCCCGAGCAGUCCUGGGAUAGAGCCUGUUGUGCUUGAGUAUCCUGCAGGGUAUGAUCCGUACGGGGAGAAGAUGCCGUUCCACCAUGUGACGGCAGGAUUGCUGUACAAGGGGAACUAUUUGAGUCGCUCACUCUCUGAACACAGCAACAGCGAACAGCUUGCCAACAUCUCGGUGGAGGAACUAGAUGAGAUCCGGGAGGCGUUCAGGGUCCUGGAUCGGGAUGGCAACGGGUUCAUCUCCAAGCAGGAGCUUGGCAUGGCCAUGCGCUCACUAGGGUACAUGCCCAGUGAAGUGGAGCUGGCAAUCAUCAUGCAGAGAUUGGAUAUGGAUGGUGAUGGACAGGUGGACUUUGAUGAGUUCAUGACGAUACUCGGACCGAAGCUCCUGUCUUCUGAAACACGGGAAGGUUUCCUUGGAAACACAAUCGACAGCAUAUUCUGGCAGUUUGACAUGCAGCGGAUUACACUGGAGGAGCUGAAACACAUCCUUUUUCAUGCCUUCCGGGACCACCUGACGAUGAAGGACAUAGAGAACAUCAUCAUCAAUGAGGAGGAGAGCUUGAACGAGAACUCCGGGAACUGUCAAACAGAGUUUGAGGGAGUUCAUCCCAAAAAGAAGAAUCGGCAGACGUGUGUGCGCAAGAGCCUGAUAUGCGCGUUCGCCAUGGCCUUCAUCAUCAGCGUCAUGCUCAUCGCGGCCAAUCAGAUGCUGCGCAACGGAAUGGAGUAGUGACAUCACUGUGAGCGCGGCGGAGCCUGCAUGUGCAUGUCUGUCGAUGAAGUUGUCAAAAAUUAACCAACAAACUCGAGAAACAAAACCAAACACCUCACUACUGAAAAGAGGAGCUUUUUAUUCUUUUAUUAUUUGUAUUCUCCCGUUACUUUUCCACGCGGACCAAGUGACACAGGAAGUGUACGUCGAGCCAAGCCAGCAUGUUACACGGGGCCUCAUCUCUCAGGCAGGGACUUUAAAGGGCUGACUUUCUGCUUUUCGUGCCACCUCUGUUCCCUAAUGCAAUAACACGCAGGAGUUCAUAAGCCGUCACUGUCUCCUCCGUGGCUUUAGAUAUUUCAGCAGGGAUUCGCUGAUGAGCUUCUGCUGGGCUCGGGCCUGCCGUGGAUGUAGGAAGGCAAAAGUAAUUGGCAACUCCUUACACCUUGGUGGAGGGAGAGUUACAGCAUCUACUUCGGAGACUAUUUAUGUCUGCUCUAGCCAGAGUGAUUUUCUGGCCCAGGGGAUGGUGGGAGGCCGGGGAAGGAGCGCUCGUUGUAGUCCAUAAUUAAAUCCAUAGUCAUCAGCUCCAAAAAUCCAUCGUUUUAAUCAUUUCAAAUGUGUUCUGCGAUUAAACUGUGUGAUCUUUCUGUGUCUAAUGCUUUUUAUGAAUUGGUUUGUAAGGAGCAUGCCCACGCAAAAUAUUGAAACACAACAGAAAGUUCUGCAGAUUUCCACAGAAUUGGAACUACCAUCAUUCAUAAGUUCUGUUUCCAUGUUUGUUCCAACAGUUGUUUUGUUCAAACUGGCGACACGCACAAGUAUAUCUUGAAUGCAUUGUAGGUUGCUUUGGAUAAAAUGAUCUACCAUAUAGAGUGCUGUGCAGCCGUGACAUCAAAACCCAGAAGAGUAAUUCGCCAUGGGUUCCCUCAAGAUUUUCCUAUGGGUCUUAAUAUUGGGGUUUUUAUAAUUUUGAGGGGGAAAAAAUGUGUCGUAAAUUUAAAUUGAUGAUACUUGGACAUUUUACUCUACAACAUAAAUUACACACAAUCAUACUAAAAAGUUAAUUUUGAAGCAGUUAUGCUUAUUUUGAAAAAAUACAUGUUUGUAAAAAAGUAACUACAUAGUAACUACAGAGUAACUACAUAGUAACUACAUACAAAGAAUGUUUUGGGUGUGGGUGUGUGCAGUUCAUGUUGUACAACAAAACGUUCAAGUAUCGUCAAGUUAUUGUUA